CGUAGGACCAUGCAAUCAAAAGCAAGCAAAUCGCACCAACUGACCUGACCUGACUCCCAACCCACUUUCAUUUUGGUGGUGAUUUUUACUGAACCAACCAACCCACUUUCUAAAAACCUUUUGUGCCCGUCAUAUCUUUGAGUUCAAUUUCACUUUCUUGACAAACAUCACUCACUAACCAAUGUCGUUUCGAUUCCGAGGUGGAGUAGCAGGAGCAAAUGCUAUCUCAGGGGUUGAUGUUGCUGACCACUGCAAAGAAGCGUUCUUGGAACUGCAAAGAAAGAAGGCGCACCGUUAUGUGAUAUUUAAGAUUGAUGACAAUAAAAAUGAAGUUGUUGUUGAUAAGACAGGGAGUCCUUCUGAGAGUUACGAAGAUUUCAUAUCAGAAUUGCCAGAGAAUGAUUGCAGAUAUGCUGUCUUUGACUUUGACUUUGUGACUUCUGACAAUUGUCAAAAGAGCAAGAUUUUCUUCAUUGCUUGGUCGCCAGAAUCCUCCCAGAUCCGUGCCAAAAUGUUGUAUGCAACUUCUAAAAGCAAACUAAGACGGGAUUUAGAUGGUGUUCACUAUGAAAUUCAAGCUACUGAUCCUGAAGAGAUGGAGCUAGGAGCGCUCAGAGAACGUGUUAACUGAUUCUGUGUAUGCACUGUUAAGGUAGUAUUUACUGAUCCAUUCAUAUAAGAAUUUUUUCAUGUAGUGUGUGACCUAUUUAGCAUAUACAUGCAUGCUUGCCUUUUGUUUCUACUAGUGAUACCAAUUCCAACCUAUUUUGCAUAUAGAUGGUCGAUGUCAGCUUAUGUCUUCUAAUGAGUCAAUAAAACAUCAGCUUAUAGGGAACGGAUCAAAACCGACCACAGGUUGCUCAAUAUGUAUUUGGAAUGGAUAAAACCUCUUUCAUUGUUUUAUAAACUAUAAGGUUAUUAUUGAGAUAACAUAAUUCUAUUACUAAUAUUAGGCA